UUCGAAAUCAAAAUCGUUUCUUUUUCUCUUUAAGUUUUAAAUAUAAAACAAAAUUAAUAAAAAUAUACGCAUUUCAUGUUUCGAAAGAAGAUCUGAGGAAUGCGAAAGUUAAUUUGACAGAGUUCGUUAGCUAUAACAGCAAGGUCUCUCCAGAAGUCUCGCCAAACUCUUCUUACUGCUUGCUGAUUCAUUGCUAUCGGUGGUUAGAAAAACUUUGGAUGCUGUAUUUCUUUGGAAAUAUGAAACAAAACACAUUUAAAGGUUGAUUAGGAUGGAAAAUAUCUAAUCUAUUCAGUUUAUGAAAUUUCAAGAUUUGUAAGGCUGCAGAAUGAGAUCCAAGAAACGUCGACUUUUUCAAAGACCAAAGUUUUUAUUUUUUGUUCUCAUCUUCUGCUUUAUAUCGGUAGUCUUCUAUUCUCGUUACUUCUGGGUUACCGAAGAAAUACCGUUUCGAGUGCUUGCCGAUGAUACAAUAAGAGAUUUCUUGAUAAAUACACCUGGAUGCCAAAUACCAGCUUGGAGUCCUUGGGAUGCAUCCGUUAAAGAUCUUUUCAAACAAGUAGGCUCUUACAAAUGUUCGGGUCAGCCUUCAGUCCUGAGAAUUAUAUCUAAUGCUGAAGUUAGACUGGAAGAUGCUGUGCUACAAUAUUAUUACGAAGCAUCGUCUGAGAAUAUUUCGUGUGUGUUUCAAGAAAUAACUAGAAAUAUAUCAGGUUCAGAAAAAAUUGACAAUUUAGUCAUUCUAGGAAAAUCCAAAAAACUGAUUUUUAAUCAGCCAUUAAGUGUUGAUUUUAUUAAGACUACGUGUAAAUUUUUUUCCGAUUCAGAAAAGGAACAGAAAACAUUUGAAGAGUUUUUACCUUUGACUCCGCUUAAAACUGAUGUGGAAAAGCGAUGUGUUCAACAUGCUGAUACUCAUAAAGCGAAACCAUUAAAUGUGAUAUUUUUAGGGUUGGAUUCAAUAUCUAGUUUGAACUUUUUGCGACAUUUUCCUAAAACUAAAAAAUAUUUGUCUGACUUCCUAUCCCCAAUCAGUAUGAAAGGGUAUACUAAAGUGGGUGACAAUACAUUUCCUAAUAUUAUGCCUCUUUUAACAGGUCAUUUUUAUCAGCAUUACUAUGAUGAAGUGCAUAAUAAAACUAUGUUCUUUGAUGAUGUUGACUUUUUUUGGAAAUAUUUCGCAAAAUUGGGCUACAGAACUUUGUUUGCUGAAGAUGCUCCCGAAAUUGCUACCUUUAACUACUACAGAAAUGGGUUCAAAAAUUCUCCUGCGGAUUAUUAUUACAGGCCGUUUGCUCUAGCUGUGGAGCAAUCAGAAUUGAAAGCAAAGAGCAAAGGGCAGUGUUUUGGUAGUAAAAUGGAAAUGGAAGUUAUUUAUGAUUACCUCAAAAGCUUUGUGGAUACAAUGGGAAAAUAUCGUCCGUUUUUUGCUUAUGUAUUUUUAGCUAGACUUACUCAUGAUGUUUUUAAUUUUGCUGGCUAUGCUGAUGAGCCAACCUAUCAACUCAUUAAGAAUUUACACGAAACAGGUGUUUUAGAAAAUACAAUGCUUGUAUUUUUUAGUGAUCACGGCAUUCGAUAUGGACCUAUACGAAAAACAUAUAUAGGCCAAUUCGAGGAACGUAUGCCUUUCAUGCACAUUUGCUUGCCAAAAUGGUUCCUCGAGAAGAAUAAAGAGCUUCGAAAAAACUUAAUCAUCAAUAGCGAACGAUUGUCUACUCCUUUUGAUAUCCACGCUACUAUGCUACAUUUAGCUAGCAUAAUAAGCGGAGAUUCUGGUUUUGAAAGCAAAUUAAAACCUGGUAUUAGCCUCUUUCGAGAAAUACCAGCCAACAGAACUUGUUCACAGGCAAGAAUUACGCCUCAUUGGUGUCCGUGCCAAAUACAUAAAGCCGUUCCUAAAGACGAUAAAAUAGUUCAAGUAGCAGCUCAAACUGUGAUAGAUACAAUCAACAAUCGAACUGAUGUGUAUAGAACUGAUUGCGCGGUUCUAACCUUGAUUCAAGUACUUGAUGCCAGGAUUGCUGAAAAAGAGAAGUUAUUGCUCAAUAAUUCUGUUAUGCAUAAACUGAAUAAUGAUAAGGUUUUCAAUGAUUACCUUAUUGUUUUGUCUUCAUCCCCAAGUAAUGCCAUAUUUGAAGCUACUGUUCGGUGUAACGAAAGUUCAUCUUUUUGUUCAGUUAUUGAUGAUAUCAGUAGGAUAAAUGAAUAUGGGAAACAAUCUAUUUGCAUAUCCGAUGCAGAAAUCAGAAAGUUUUGCUACUGCACGUAAUGUAAAUAAAUGUUUUAAUAAA